GGAUCCUCGGGACCCUUCCGGUCUCCGCGGCCAAUCCGUGCACGGCGGAGCGGGCGGACCGACGGGAGCGGAGGGAGCUCCGGGAGCCGCCGCCGCCGCCGCCGCCGCGCAGGGGCGUGGAGGGCAGGGGCGGCCCAGGCCGCAGUUGCAAACAUGGCUCAGAGCAGAGACGGCGGGAACCCCUUCGCCGGGCCCGGCGAGCUUGACAACCCCUUUCAGGACCCAGCUGUGAUCCAGCACCGACCCAGCCCGCAGUAUGCCACCCUUGACGUCUACAACCCUUUUGAGACCCGGGAGCCCCCACCAGCGUAUGAGCCUCCGGCCGCGGCCCCGUUGCCUCCCGCCUCGGCUCCCUCGUUGCAGUCCUCCAGAAAGCUCAGCCCUACAGAACCCAAAAACUAUGGUUCCUACGGCACCCAGGCCUCAGCUGCAGCAGCCACAGCCGAGCUGCUAAAGAAGCAGGAGGAGCUGAACCGGAAGGCCGAGGAGUUGGACCGGAGGGAGCGGGAGUUGCAGCACGCCGCCCUGGGGGGCGCAGCCGCUCGACAGAACAAUUGGCCCCCUCUACCUUCUUUUUGCCCAGUCCAGCCCUGCUUUUUCCAGGACAUCUCCAUGGAGAUCCCCCAAGAAUUUCAGAAGACCGUAUCCACCAUGUACUACCUCUGGAUGUGUGAGUAGUGACAAGCCUUUUCUGGAGGAAGAGUGCUGGUAGUACCUUUACGUCUUUCCUGCCCCAGUGCCCACUCUCCGAGAACUCAGCAUUUCAUCUCUGCUCGACUUUUGAGGGUUUUUUUUGAUGUUUAUUUUUGAGAGAGAGUGUGAGCAGGUGAGGGGCAGAGAGAGAGAGAGAGA